GGGCAGAGCCGGGCGGGUGGCGGGCAGGGCUGGGCGCUCCGCUCGGCUCGGGCUGCCGCCGCCCCCGAGCCCGCCCUGCCGCUGCCCCGCCCUGCCCCAGCCGAGCCUCGGUCCGUCCGGCCGGACGCAGGGAAGGAGCCACCCAUCCAGCUGCAGCACCACUCUUCCAGCACUGCCAGAUGUGCCUCCAGGUUGUGCUGUGCCUACAGCCCACUGCGGAGAUCCUUCCCUGCCUCCUGCACUGCUGACCACCGGCUCCACGGGAUCCCGACCUGGCCCUGCGGGCUCCUGCCGUGGACUGCUGAGUUCUCCCCCAUGCUCAGCAUGCCCUUUUCUGGUGCAGCCAGACCUUCCCAGGAAUCACUCUGGAGCUCAAGGCCAUCCUGUAGGGUAAGCAUUUUUCAUCCUUUCCAAACGUGAAAAGACUGGCCAUCUGUCUGGAUCCCCCUCCCUCCAACGCGGCACAAAAGCGGUUCUUUGAGAAAGGUGAUCCUGCCACCGUGCUGCCUGUGCCGGGGCUGCUCUCCCAGCUAGCGCACGUCUCCUGUCCCGGUAGGAAAUGGAGUCCAAGGUCUCCGAAGGCGGCCUCAACGUCACCCUCACCAUCCGGCUGCUGAUGCAUGGCAAGGAAGUUGGAAGCAUCAUUGGGAAGAAAGGAGAGACUGUGAAGAAGAUGCGUGAGGAGAGCGGGGCAAGGAUCAACAUCUCGGAGGGGAACUGUCCUGAGCGGAUUGUGACCAUCACUGGCCCCACCGAUGCCAUCUUCAAGGCUUUUGCCAUGAUCGCCUACAAAUUUGAGGAGGACAUAACCAACUCCAUGAGCAACAGCACCGCUACCAGCAAACCUCCGGUGACACUGCGGCUGGUGGUGCCAGCGAGUCAGUGCGGCUCCCUCAUUGGCAAGGGGGGCUCCAAGAUCAAGGAAAUCCGAGAGUCCACAGGUGCUCAGGUCCAAGUGGCGGGGGACAUGCUGCCCAAUUCCACGGAGCGGGCAGUGACAAUCUCGGGCACACCCGACGCAAUUAUCCAGUGUGUCAAACAGAUCUGUGUGGUGAUGCUGGAGUCCCCACCAAAAGGUGCCACCAUUCCCUACCGCCCAAAGCCCGCCUCCACCCCUGUCAUUUUUGCAGGUGGUCAGGCCUAUACAAUUCAGGGACAAUACGCUAUUCCACACCCAGAUCAGUUGACCAAGCUCCACCAGUUGGCUAUGCAGCAAACCCCCUUUACUCCCCUUGGACAGACCACCCCCGCUUUCCCUGGAGAAAAGCUGCCCUUACAUUCCUCCGAAGAAGCUCAAAAUCUGAUGGGCCAGUCAUCAGGUUUGGAUGCCAGUCCCCCGGCCAGUACUCAUGAACUCACCAUUCCCAAUGAUCUAAUAGGCUGCAUAAUCGGACGCCAAGGGACCAAAAUCAAUGAAAUUCGUCAGAUGUCGGGAGCGCAGAUCAAAAUCGCGAAUGCCACGGAAGGGUCAUCGGAGCGCCAAAUUACUAUCACAGGAACCCCUGCAAACAUCAGCCUUGCGCAGUACCUCAUCAACGCCAGGCUGACGUCUGAGGUCACUGGAAUGGGCGCACUCUAAUUUCCACCCACCAUCCUCCACUCCGCACCACCCGACCCUCUCCAGCCACCGGCACUCCACCCAGCCUGUUCUGCCUGUACAUUUACUGUCUUCCCUUUGCCUCCACAGAUACUCUUCUCUUUACUAACAUAUAUAUAUAUAUGUAUAUAAACACAUGGGCGCAUAUGCACACAUUGGAACGUUUCUUUACAAGCUCUUUGCUCUGUGCUCCCGAAGCUGCUCCCAAACUCUUUGGUUAUGGUCCUUGUUUUCAGCGUUAGGGUGUUCAUUCUUCAUCUGCUUUUUGGGGACAAGGGAGGGGGGAGGAGGGGCAUUGUUUUUUUCUCUCACUGGCAAGACUUCAGGAGCUGGCGGGGUCUCUAGUAUCAGUCUAGCAUAGCUACCUAUAUGUUUGAGUUGACAUUGGCGGUACUUUCUGUAGCAUAUGGACAUAAUGAUGCCACCCAGAGCUGUGCAUAUUUCAGAUGACUUACUUUUUCUCACCCUCCUUCCUUUGGUGCUCUCCCUUGCUUGUCCUGGCUCACCUUUGCAGCCUCACGCCCCUGCCCUUAGGCUAAGGGCAUAUUUUUCAUCCCGUGUCAUUUGGGAAGCAGAAGCCAAGUACGGGUUCAACCCACAGGCUUCUCUCUUGGAACAUGGCAUGGUCCAGACAAGCCCAUUUUCCUACUAAACUAAGGGAAUCACACACAGAGAGAUACACACAAAUACUCUUUUUUUUAACUAACAAGCACCUGGAAGUGGGAAGAACUCAGCUGUAUGGGAUUCACACCCCCAGGGGCCUCUGAAAGCACUCUUUUGGCAAUCCCCCACAAGCAAAACCUCAGGAAGCUCUGUGAGCCAGCUGUGUUUGUCGUUGUUUGUGUUCAAUAAAUGUCUGUGCAGCUCUGGUAC